CAGGAUAUUCACAGCCUUGCAUAUUACAAUGGCAUUAUUUACAUGAUAUUCACAAUUUUUUGUAUAAUAAGGAUAUCAUUUACAGAAUCAUACCCUGUAGGCCACUGCAUUGUAUAAUAAGUGAAAGCAAUACGAAUAUUUACUGCAAGAGCAGCACAUGGCGCCACAGGACCGGACUCGGUCCGCUUACACUUUACCUCUAGUACCUAACCUACCCCGUACGGAGUAGAAAAGGCGCCUAUUCUUCAAAGCGCCUACAUAUUUAUAUGGCACUCAGUCCACGCCUACUUUUUCAGAACGUUCCAUAUCUCUCCGAGGGGAGGGGGAACACGUCCAUCGAUCACCUCUCAUUCUGUCGCUAUCAGGAUAUUAGCCAUGCCCUAGAGCAAUAAUUAGAUGAAAUCACGUAAGACUUGUCUUCAUCUCGAUACCCCCCACAAAAACGCGGCUGUGAAAGACUUCUCGGAAUCUUACGCGGGGCUCGGCCACCCCUCCCGCUGAGAUGGUACAUGCCGCGGCGACUCGCCCUCCGCUCAGGUUGGCGGCUGAGUUACAGAGCAGUGGGGCCGCUGCUGCCGCUGGCUCAUUGAUUCCCGCCAACAGGCACCGACAACUGGGAUGGCGGAAUAGGGAAAUGCACUAGUCCCAAGCAAACCGUAGUAUUCUAUUCCCGGGGGUACUUGCUGCAGCCACCCGGACUGCCAAGCCGCCAUGGCGGAGGAAGAGAUGAAAGUUCCUGAGGACAUGUUCAAAGAUGUGAAGUUUUACCCAGUCGGUGACUUGGACCCUAAGGUUAUUCAGAUGCUAAAAGCUGGAAAGGCAAAAGAGGUCUCCUAUAAUGCUCUUGCUACUCACAUCAUUGCAGAAGAUGGUGACAAUCCAGAGGUUGGAGAAGCUCGUGAAGUGUUUGAUCUUCCUGUAGUAAAGCCUUCUUGGGUGAUACUGUCUGUUCGCUGUGGAGCUCGCCUACCGGAAAAUGGAUUUUCUCCAGAAUCGGGUCAGAUAUUCUUUGGGGUAACCGCUUGCCUUUCUCAGGUAUCACCUGAGGACCGCAAUUCUCUUUGGGCGCUCACUACUUUUUAUGGCGGGGACUGUCAGCUAAAUCUUAAUAAGAAAUGUACUCAUUUGAUUGUUCCUGAACCAAAAGGGAACAAAUAUGAAUAUGCUUUCCAACGAGAAAACAUAAAAAUUGUUACACCCGAUUGGGUCAUGGACUCUGUAUCUGAGAAAACCAAAAAGGAUGAGGAACUUUACCAUCCUAGACUAAUAGUUUAUGAAGAAGAGGAGGAAGAGGAAGAAGAGGUAGAAAAUGAUGAGUCUCAAAAUGGCAGCGACGAAGAUAAAUAUUCAUCUAAAUCUAGUCCAGUUACAUCUCGGGAAGGAUCUCCUGUACGCAAGACCUCUCCAAAACGCAUCAGCUCAGAGAAGAUAAAAAGUGAACUCAUGUUUGAUGAUUCCUCUGACUCUUCUCCUGAGAAACAGGAAAGAAAUCUGAACUGGACCCCAGCAGAAGUGCCCCAGAUGUCCACUGCUAAAAGACAACUGCACCAAGGCAAGGAUUCUGGACUUAUUAAUUUAUGUGCUAAUGUUCCUCCUGUGCCAGGAAAUAUACUGCCUCCUGAAGCACGAAAUAAUUUGCUCACUUCCCUCCCAGGAGCCCCGGGAUUAGAGAGACAAGACAUGAUGGCUUUCCACGGCCCUGCAGUGAGAACACUAAGGAACAUAACUAAUAGUGCUGAUAUACAGCAAGUCAAUAGGCCGUCCAAUGUUGCACAUAUUUUGCAGACUUUGUCUGCUUCCACCAAAUCUUUAGAGCAACAAGUAAAUCAUCCGCAGCAAGGCCAUCCAAAUGCAAUGUUGUUUGGUCAAGUUAAACCUCUGACAUCCGAAGCACAACAUUUGAUACAACAGUCGCACCAGCCUCAGCAGCAGCAGCAGCAACAACAUCAUCCCCUUGUACAGCUUCAGCCUCAACAGCUUUUACAGUUGCAGCAACAGCAGCAGCAACAGCAAAUUACCCAGCAGGUUUUCCCACAACAUCAGUUUCCCCAAGUAAAUCAGCAGCACCCUUUCACACAACUGCAGUUUUCUCAGCAGCAGCUGCAUCCUCAACAGCAGCUACAUCGGCCACAGCAGCAAACUUUGCAACAUUUCCAGCAACAGCACGUGCUGCAGCAGCAACUGCAUCAGCUGCAACAGCAGCAUCUGCAGCAGAAACAGCAGAAUAUGCAGCAGCAAAAUCUUCAGCAACAAAACCUUCAGCAAAUUCUUCAACAUCAACAGAGUAUUCAGCAAACCCCGUCGCAGCAACAGGCCCUUCAACCUACUAUUCAGCAACAGCAGGCGCUUCAGCCAAACCUUCAGCAGCAACAAACGCUUCAGUCUAACCUUCAGCAACAGACCCUUCAGCCAAUCAUUCAACAGCAACAAGCACUUCAGCAGCAGAAUAUUCAACAGAGCAUUCAACAGAUCCAACAGCAACAGCAAAUACAGCAUUUGACUCUUCAACAGAAGCAGCAGAUUCAGCAGCACUCCCUUCAGCAACAACAGAUGCUUCAGAAACAGCAACUUCAGAGCCAGAGUCUCCAGCAGCAGCAAAUGCAAACACAUGUCCUUCAGCAGCAACAGAUUCAGACACAGGCUCUGCAGCAGCAGCAAAUACAAAACCAGGCUCUUCAGCAGCCACAGCAGAACCAAGUACAAACACACACUCUUCAACAGCAUCACUUGCAGCCUCAGACACUACAGCAGCAACAGCAUCAUGUGCAGGGACAGACUGUUCAGCAGCAGACACAUCAGUUACAGGUACAAACACUCCAGCAGCAACAACAGCAUCAGAUUCAGACACAGAAUAUACAGAUUCAGCAUCAAAUUCCAGCAGCAAACCAACAUCAGAUCCCACCACAGAUGCUUCAGCAGCAAACGCUUCAACUUCAGCAGCAAAUGAAACAGCAGCAGACGCUUCAGCAGCUGCAGCAACAGCAAAUACAACAACAGCAGCAGCAAACACUUCAGCAGCAGCAGAUUCAACAGACAACGCAUCAGCAGCAAAUGCAGCCACAGAUAGAGCAGGUUGCACUUCAGCAGCAACAAAUUCAGUCAGGGGCUCCGCCUCAGUCCUCGCUCCAGCCGCAGCAGGUUCAGCAGCAUAAACAUAAUCUGCACCAGGUGCAGCAGCAGCUUCAGCAGCUUCAACAGCAGCGUAUGCAGCGGCAAAUGUCAUUAACCCAACAGAUGGCUAAUCAGCAACCACUACAACCACAUCAGCUGCAUGGUCAUGAUCCUUCUGUGGACAUUCCUGAAGAUUUUUUCUUGCUGGGCUGUGUGUUCGCAAUUGCCGACUAUCCAGAACAAAUGCCUGAUAAACAACUACUUGCAACCUGGAAGCGGAUAAUACAGACCCAUGGUGGUACGGUGGACGCAACACUUUCAAGCAGGUGCACUCAUCUUCUGUGUGAAAGCCAAGUCAGUAGCAUGUAUGCUCAGGCACUGAAAGAGAGGAAGCGUUGCAUCACUGCUCACUGGCUGAAUGCAGUAUUAAAAAAGAAGAAAAUGGUCCCACCAUACAGAGCCCUUCAUUUCCCUGUAGCAUUUCCACCAGGAGGGAAGCCCUGCUCUCAGCAUAUCAUUUCAGUGACAGGGUUUGUUGACAGUGACAGGGAUGAUCUGAAACUAAUGGCCUACUUAGCAGGUGCCAAGUACACUGGAUACCUGUGUCGCAGCAACACUGUUCUCGUUUGUAAAGAGCCCAGCGGCUUGAAGUAUGAGAAGGCCAAAGAGUGGAGGAUACCAUGUGUGAAUGCACUGUGGCUUUGUGAUAUUCUUCUCGGAAACCUUGAGGCAUUGCGUCAAAUUCAGCACAGCCGAUACACAGUAUUUAACCUUCAGGACCCUCUUGCACCAUCACCUCAUCUGGUUACAAAUCUCCUAGAUGCUUGGAGAAUGCCUUUGAAAGUGUCCUCAGAACUUCUUAUGAGUAUUCGAGUGCCCCUUAAGCCAAAGCAAAACGAGCCUGCUGUUCAACCUAAACGCCCAAGGAUUGAAGAUAUUCCGCCUCCAACUAAAAAGCUGUCACCUGAUCUGACGCCUCAUGUGAUGUUUACUGGAUUCGAUCCGCUGCAGGUCCAGCAAUAUAUCAAGAAACUGUAUAUUCUUGGUGGCGAAGUGGCUGAUUCGGCUCAGAAAUGCACUCACUUGCUUGCCAACAAAGUGACUAGGACUGUAAAGUUCUUGACUGCAAUUUCAGUGGCAAAGCACAUUGUUACCCCCGAGUGGCUGGAUGAGAGCUUCAAAUCCCAAAAGUUUAUUGAGGAGCAGAAUUACAUAUUACGGGACGCUGAAGCGGAAGUGCUGUUCUGUUUCAGUUUGGAAGAAUCAUUAAAAAGAGCACAUUCUACUCCUCUCUUUAAGGGGAAGUAUUUUUAUAUAACCCCUGGAAUUUGCCCAAGUCUCUCAACAAUGAAGGCCAUCGUAGAAUGUGCUGGUGGAAAAAUAUUAAUGAAGCAGCCUUCUUUCCGAAAAAUUAUGGAACAUAAGCAAAAUAAACGUUUAGCUGAGAUCAUUUUAAUAUCCUGCGAAAAUGAUCUUCAUCUGUGCCGAGAAUACUUUGCUGGCAGCAUCGAUGUGCACAAUGCAGAAUUUGUUCUGACGGGCGUUCUCACCCAGACAUUGGAUUAUGAAUCAUAUAAAUUUACAUGAUCCGACAUGAAGGAUCCCUGCACCACGGCCAUCGGAGUGCACUGUGAGUUGGGGGAGCUCAGAAGGUAUUUACCCUCUUCUUGCCGACCCUGUGUUUCUGAAUCCGUUUACCUCCCUGGAUCUAUUCAGCAGUAGGCAGAGAAGAUAAACCAUAUGCAUCUUUUCUUGGGAUGUGUUCUUUGUUAAAAGGAAACAUAAUUUAUUAUGUUCUGUACCAUAGUAUGUUUAUAGUUUGUUUUAAAGAGCCUUCAUGAGGUUUGUUUUUAUUUCUUUUUCUCUCCAUUUCUUUUUUUUUUUUUAAUAUAAAUGUAAAAUAAUGUUACUUAAAAGUAUUUUUUGUGGGAAAAAAAGCCUUGAUUUGUUAAAUAUUGAAACGCAAAGAAUAAACGUUUUGUAAUUAUUUUGUAUAUUUUAUUCCCAAACUUUUUUUUUUCAAUAUUGAGAUUUUCCAAAGUUGAAAAUAAACGUACUUUGGUUG